CUUAUACACGAUGUAUAAUAUUUCUCAUUAAUUACUACGUAUCUGACCGCUUCGACUUGCUGGCUUCUAAUGAAAUGCAAUGCUGGUCAAAACGAAGCAAUGGAAUGCAUGUAUAUAAGUGCAUACAGAGCUAUUACGAUAGACGGGUACUUGCUUGUAGAUUGGCUCACCGUAACUAUCACCCGUAGGCCCCAUUCCAGCGUGGAUUGGAAGUACUAGCGUAACAUCUUACUUAAUGGGCUCGCCCCCAUAAUUCCAUAUUAGAUAACUGUUACUAUUUACUUUAGUGAACAGCUAGGUUAGAUACAUCAUCUCUCUAAUAUCUCACCUUCACUUACACGCGCGACCAUGUCCCCUCCUCCCCCAUCAUUCACCAGCAUCUCCAGCGGCGACGCAGCCCUCGUGGCCUCGACCUGCGAGGAGCACGGGCUGACCGAGGCAGAGUUCAGCGAGCUGCACCGGCGGUGCGUGGCGGCCAAGUCCACCGCCUAUUGCCCGUACAGCCAGUUCCGGGUCGGCGCGGCCGUGCUCUCCGCCGACGGCGCCUACUACUUCAGCGGCGCCAACGUCGAGAACGCCUCGUACCCGGUCGGCACCUGCGCCGAGCGCGUCGCCCUCGGCAAGGCCGUCACCGAGGGCCACCGCAAGAUCAGGGCCGUCGCCGUCGCCACCGACAUCGCGCCCCCGGCUAGCCCCUGCGGCAUGUGCCGCCAGUUCAUACGGGAAUUCUGCGACCUCAAGGCCCCCAUCAUCAUGUUUGAUAAGGACGACAACUACAAGGUAGCACGCCUCGAACAGCUUUUGCCCUUGUCCUUUGGACCUGAAGCCCUCCCCCCACCAGGGCCACGCCCUUCCUGAGAUGGCAAUGGGCUUGCAUACCUACCUGCCUGCAUGCCUACCUACCUACCUACCUAGGUAGCCACGUUUUUUAUAUUGUAGCAAUCAAUUCUUAUAAGAGUUUAGCGUGUUGCUAUUCACAUGUUUAUUACCUACCUAGUACCUACCUACCUAGGUACACAGUACUUGUUGUUUUUGAUAUUCCAGUAAUAUGGGGCAGCCAUGUGCGGGGAUGGGGG